AAUUCCUAUAAAGCCGAACGCUGCUACCUGACCUAUGACGCUAUCCACGAAUCCUUUACUGUUGGCAGGUACGGUGGAAGUGGCUAUAUUACCUACCCUCACAGUGGAUUCCUUCAGUGACUAGAACUUCUACUCUACAACAUCAAUACAAUCCUUUGGCAAUCCAUUCAGUUAUCAUUACCUAAACGUACAUCUUGAGCUUCGACAGACCACUACCGAUUGAUACCCCACACCCUAUUUGCAGAAUAUUGCAACCAGGAAUACCAACAAACCCUGAAUAUAUUCAACCAUUAUUCCUCACGAUGGCAGAGAGUUCCAAAACCCAACGACCGCAUAAAACAACACAUGAACGUUUACAUGAGUAUAUAUUUGGCGAAACAGCUCUCAAGGCAAACAAUAUUGUGCCCAAAUAUCAAAAGGACUGCGAAAACGAUGCUGAGCUAACAUUGUGGAUUGUGGAUGAGCUACUACAAUCUGCCCACAAUUAUGUCCAACGUCUACUAGACGAAAACAAGGUCCUUCGCCGACUUAUUAAUAUCAAAACCAUUCGUGUUAAAGGGGAAGAGGUCAAGGCAAGUUGGGACCUUUGGACACCAGAGCAUGCAUACGCCUUCGCGUGCUAUUUGUUCCUCGAGAAUAAGGGCACUGAAGCCUGUAAACAAUGCCAAAACUGUAGAAGCACAGGGCCAAUGGGUGGCUGCAUUGCCGGAGACAUGCAGUACAUGAAAGGCGCCUGCGCUUGUUGUUACUACUCAGGUUCCGGAAAACGGUGCUCCAGACGUCUCACGAUGGAGGAGGAAGAAGCCGAGAAGAAGGCUAAGAAGAGGCCUAAGUUUCAAGGAUUUACUACCGCCUUGUUGAAAGACGCUUCUAACGAGGAGAUUGAGUUGUGGUUGGGAUGGGUAGAGGCAGAAAUGGAGGAGCGCGCAAGCGCAAGACAACCACCAAGUAAAAAGCGACGCGUGCAUUAAGUAAGGACAGGUCUGGAUGUGCAGUAGGGCCCACUCUAAACGUGCAGUACGCAACUGUUGCCAGGGUAUUUCAGCUGGCUGCAACAUU